ACGCCGAGCGUCACUUGAGUGUCAGAUAACCGGAGAGUGAGCUCAGGGAAAGGACGUGUUCGGGAGGCGGUGUGUGUGUGUGUGAACACGCCCGGCUACUUUUUCGACCUGACACAUCCAGCAACCACCACCACCAGCCCCCCCCCCCCUUCCUCCAACAACAACCAGAUCUUCAAUCUCAAACAUUUUACUGCACCGCCUAUUGUAUAUAAACACACGCAGAAACCAUGGCGAACGUCCUGAGAGUUAUCCUGUUAUGUGCUACUUUUACUCUGUUGACCGGACGAGUUAUAGGUGAUAGUGAUGAAUUUGAUCUCUUUGAUGCUCUGCCUGAUGACAUCACUACAAAGCCACCUCCUGCCAAACCUCGCAAUCCUUCAGGUGGAACAGGUGCAGGUGAUUUUAAUUUAUGGGAUUUGAUUCAAACGACUCCAGCUCCUCGUAAACCCACAAAGUCUCCCAAAAAACCACCGAAGAAGGGAGACACUGACAUGAACGAUUUUGACCUGUCCGAUGCUCUUGAUGACAGAAAUGACAACCCUGGAAAGGGAGGUAAUGAUGACUCAGAUCACCCUUCCGUUCCAGGUUCCAAAGGAAAUGACAAACCGAAAGGAGGUAAAAAAAUGGGUACCUCUGACCUUUCAGAUAAAGACCUGGAAGACCUGCUGGGUGGUGGAGACUAUAAACCAGAUAAGAAAAAAUCAGGUGAUGACAUACCUCCAGGUGACCAGGAUCAGGUGGCUUUGCCUGAAACCACAAUAGCUGGAAUUGCCAGUGCUAUAGCAGCAGCUUUAUUGGGUGCUGUAUCCAGUUACAUUGCCUACCAGAAGAAGCAAUUAUGUUUUAAAAUACAAGGGAGUCUUAAUCAACAAUACGUAAAAGGAGAAAAUGCUGAAGCAGGAGCAAUGUCUGAACCUCAAGCUGAACGGAGCCUCCUGCAAGCACAGUCAGAGAAGCCCCCUGCACACAACAUCCAUCAAGUCUAGAUUGGGCACUGAACAUCACAUCCUUUGCCUUGACGCCAACUUCAGCUUAAAUUGGUUUUAACUUUAUUUCAGACAAAAUGGUUAUAUAAUGGAGGGUGAUUCUUUAGAACUUUAGACUGACCCUUUUUAAGUGUGUGUUCAAUUCAGUAUGGUGCAAUUGUUAGAAUAGGUCAGCUGUUUGGUUCAACAUUUGGCUCAGAUCCUACAAGCAAGUAAUGGAUGAAGUCAAAGUAUUUGCCUUGGACGUGAGUCAUUCACUGAAAGUUGUUACUUGGGCAAAGCAUGUAGUUCAGAGAUUCUUUUCAUGGUGCUUAAAGAAAAAAAAUGAAGUUUAAUAUUUGAAGUGUUUGACUAGGGGGUGGGUGCAGGUGGAUCUGUUUGGUACCAUUCUGGCGAAUAGCCUUGGCUAGUUCUGUCUAUUACCAAAGAUGGUUGUAGAAUGAAGAAUGCAUUAUGUUUGGUUCAGCAGUGUGUCCUUGCCCAUUUCCUCUACAUAAAGGUACAAAUGAGACUGUUUCUUUAUAAAAACAUAACAUAGUUGAAUAACUGCAACUGAGCAAAACCGUACUUUUCUCCUUUAAUUGAUGUAGUGCUCUCAGAUAUUCUGGAGAAAGCAGUUAGAAUAUAAACAUGAUGUUGGGACAUUAAAAACCGAGUCUGUGGAAAACUUAAAUACAGUAUUCCUACUUUUAACAAGCAAAUAUUGUCAUCAUGUCAAAUAAUCAAAUCAGUCCAUCCUGUUCAUUGGUAACAAAACUUUACAAAUUGUGUUGUUGGGAAUUGUGAAAGGAUGGGCAGACGAUCUGAAAAUUACAUAUUGUUGCCUUGGAUACAAGGUUUGUGUUAGCUAAUGUUAUCUAAUUGCCUACCAGUAAUCUCCGCCUGUAAUAUUGCUUCAAAUUUUACACAGUGACGGCAUUUUUCGAAGAGGCUGUUGUCUUCUGUAAUUUUAUUUUAAGAUUGCAAUCAGCAUCUAACUCCACGAGUCUCUGCUACUGCUUAGACACCUUGCCUUGAUCAGUGCCUGUAGCUGACGUCCACAGCUAAGGCCGUAAACAACACAGAGGAGGAACACAGCAAAACUAUUUAACAUGUCCUGCAGCAUCUCAUCUGUGUCCCUUGUGUUUUGUUGGAUGCAGAAAAGUCUUUACACCAGAAACAAAUUUUUAAUAGUCACUUUUCAUUGUGGUACUUCAGCACAUCUUUAGAUUCUUUUUCAUCAACAUCAUUUAUUACCUUCGGCAAGAGAAACAGCCCAAACCUGGUCAAUGGUUAGAAAUGUACAAGUUGUUCCAACGGCACUUCAAUGUUAGCAGUUACAAUGACCUGAUAUCUUGACAUAGACCAGGCUGGCAGCUGUUCUGCAAAGGCUGACUACCCAUCAGCAACACGAGGCGAUGGCCACCACUAUACAGCAAGUCCAGAAGUAGUUACACUAGAAUCAAAACAUUAACUCUGUUUCUCUAUCCACACCUGCAGUCAGGUCUGCUGAGUUUCUCUAACAUUCUCUGUGUUUGUUUGUUUUCCAGCCUCUGCAGUUUUUGUUUUGCAGUAAGUUUGAUGGCUUUCAUUGUAAAAAUAAUGAUUUUACUUUUAGAAGGUGACUUUUUUGUUUCUAUAUCCUUUAGCUCUGAAAAUGGCCUUUCUGAAAAAAAUAGCCUUCUCUAUAAGAUCUUAGCUUCCCACUAAUAAACAAUGGAAGUCAAUCUUGCAGCUGUUGCAUGGACGACAUCUGUUUCAGAUACUCCAGUUGGAAUAUGGGAACGCUUAAAAACUUGCCUAUUACACUGACUGUUAGGCUUGAUGCUGUCUGUGGGACUGGUAGCAAUAAGCAUUUACAGGAAUGAUGUUAGUGUAGCAUCUGUAAACACUCCCUGUCACAUUGCUAUCUCAUUUGCAGCAUUGUAUAAUACUGUCACUAGCACACACAGCAAACAGAGAGAAAGUGUCUUAUUGUGGACAGAAUGUCAAGUGUGCAAAAUCCUCAAGAUCUGACACCACUGCAAGCAGAGUAACUCUUCAGCGUCAUUGGCCAUCUGGGUGCCAUAUUUAAGCAGUGCCUACAAAAUACUGUGUGCAAUCUUUGCUCUUGUUUAUGUGAGGCGGCAGCAGCAGCUGUUUUCAAUUUGAGAAUGACAGCGGCCUGUCGAAGUACAAUGUUUCAGUCAAUUCUGGGAAAAAUGGCUUUUAAUCUCCCAUUCAUCUCUGUCACUGCCUGACCCUUACUCACUGGGAAUAUACAGCCAGGAAUGCAGCCAAGUUGUUAAUUGCCAAAUACAAGUUAGUGCCUAAAAUCUUGCGAGAUGUGUAACAAAUGCCAGUUGCCCAGUGCUUGGAUGAACUCUGUGGGAAUAGGACCGAAGGGUCUGUUUCCAAACUCUAUAGUUAAUUAGUCGCUGUCACACUAGGAAGCCACUUGUAUUAAUGUGGCAUCACGUCUGUGCCCAGGUUUACUAACUCCAUUUUCCAAUCAUCUUACCCCCUUCCAGCGUGGUUUCCAGUACCUCACUCUGAUAGCCAUUACUCACUCGUAUGUUUUGUAUUAACAGUGAGUGGAAGGAGACUUGUCUGUCAAAAAUCUAAAUUUACAGCUAAGCCCAAUCGUCAGGAACGAAAACAGAUUCACCCUAACCCUAUUCCUCAUCCAGGGGCUAUGAGAUAAACUGUUGUAACAGUGCUGUCCUAAGUAUCUGUAGAAUUUACAAUGGGGAGGCUCUAGAUGCCAAUUCAGCAGGUUCACCAAAACCACCAAGUAAAUAGAAAAGACCAGGGACUGCCUACUAUAAUUUUCAGCCAAAUCGAAAGAUCCAGAAGGUGCCAAUGAUUUUACUCUUCAAAACCAGAACUAUAACCAAACCAGUGAGUUUUUAACUGAUUGAUUAAGUGGCAACUGAAAAUGGUGCUGUUAUCUCUCAUUGUGAAACCACUUUUGCUCAUACAGGCUACUGUCAAUGCUCUAAAGAUUUGAGAUCCAAUUCCAUGGGGCUGCUCCCCAAUAACUGGCCACCUUCACACAGUCAGUAAGUUGUUGCUGAGAUCUGGGGAAUGUACAGAGAAACAGGAAUAUUUUGCAGAGCUGAAUUAAGUUUGAGUUGAUCACUUAAUUCAGGCCAGAGUUACAAAAUUUAAAAGGCAUCCAGUAAAAGGUGGCAUGGUGGCUCAGUGGUUAGCACUGUAGCGUCACAGCGCCAGGGACCUAGGUUCAGUUCCAGCCUCGGGCGACUGUCUGUGGGGAGUUUGCACAUUCUCCCUGUGUCUGCGUGGGUUUCCUCCAGGUGCUCCGGUUUCCUCCCACAGUCCAAAGAUGUGUAGGCACGGUGGAUUGGCCAUGCUAAAUCGCACGUAGUGUUCAGGGGUGUGUGGGUUAUAGGGGGAGGAGUCUGGGUGGGGUGCUUCAAGGGGUGGUGUGGACUUGUUGGGCAGAAGGGCCUGUUUCCACACUGUAGGGAAUCCAAUCUAAAUGAGUAGGAAGUGUUUGGAGGGAGAUUGCCCUCGUGCAGGCAAAUGGGACGAGAUCAGUUUAAGAUAUCUGGUAAGCAUUGAUGAGUCAUAGAGUCAUAUAGAUUGGAAACAAGUCCUAUGGCCCAACCUGGUCCAUGCUGACCAUUAUGCCCUCUCAGCUAGUUCCAGUUGCCCACAUUUGGUCCAUAUCCCCCCAAACCCUUCCCAUCCAUGUACCUAUCCAAAUGUUUUUUUAAACGUUGCUAUUGUUGCCUCGGCCACUUUCUCAGGCAGCCCAUUCCAAAUACACACCACUCUCCACAUGAAGAAGCUGCCCUUCAAAUCCUUCUUAAACCUCUCUCCUUAAACCUAUGCCCUCUAGUAUUCUAUUGCCUGUCCCUGGGGAAUAAAAAGACUAUAUGCAUACAUUCCUAUCUAUGCCCCUCAUGAUUUUAUACACCUCAAAAAGAUCACCCCUCAUUCUCCUACAUUCCAAGGAAUGAACUCCUAUCCUGGCCAAAGUCUCCCUAUAACUCAGGCCUACUAGUCCUGGCAACAUCAUAAAUCUUCUUUGCACACUUUCCAGUUUAACUAUCCUUUUCCUAUAGCAGGGUGACCGAACUGUGUAUAAAAUUCCAAUGACUGAUACAACUGUAACACAACGUCCCAACUCCUAUACUCAAUGCUUCAACCAAUGAAGGCCAGCAUACUAAAUGCCUUCUUCACCACCCUAUCCAUUUGUGACGCUUCUUUCAACAAACAAUACACUUGUACUCCCAGGUCCGUCUGUUCAACAACACUCCUCGGGACCUUACCCUUUACUGGAAAGUCAAAUCAAGGUAGGACUUGUAUAAAGUGCAACACCUGACAGUUGUCUGUAUCGAACUGCAUUUACCAAUCUUCAGCCCACUUCCCCAUCUGAUCAAGAUCCCCCUUUUUUUGAUAACCUUCUUUGUUAUCAACGAAAGCUCCUAAUCUUGUAUCAUCCACAAACUUAGUAAUCAUGCCUUGUACAUUCACAUCCAGAUCACUUAUGUAAAUAACAAAAGGUCCCAGCACUGACUCCUGUGGCACACCUUUAGUCUUUUGAAUCUAAUUAGCUAGCUCUCCCUGGAUCCCAUGCCACCUAAUCUUCAUGACUAGGCUGCCAUGCAGGACCUUAUCAAAGUUAAAAGUCCAGAUAGUCAAUAUCCACUGGCCUCACCCUCAUCUAUCCUCUUGGCUACCGCUUCGAAAAACUCUACUAGAAGAUUUGUUAGUCAUGACUUCCCAUGCACAAAUCUGUGCUGAUUAUCCUAAAUCAUACCUUGACUUUCCAAACAUUAGUUAAUCCUGUCCCUCAGUAUCCUCUCCAAUAACUUGUCUACCACUGAUGUCAGGUUCCCUGGCUUGUCUUUGCUACCUUCAUAAACAAUGGAACAACAUUAGCCACCCUCUAGUCGUCCGGAACUUCACCAGCGGCUCAAGAUGAAGCAAAAAUCUCUGCAAGGGCCUCUGCAAUUUCUUCCCUCGUCUCCCACAAUGUCCAAGGAUGAACUUGAUCAGCCCCAGGGGAUUUAUCAACCUUAAUGCACUUUAAGACUGCAAACACGUCCUCUCUGGUAAUGUGUCUGCAGUCCAAAACAUCUCCACUUGUUUCCCUUAUUUCCUUAGUAUCAAUGAUUGUCUCCUUAGUAAACACUGGGGAGAAAUAUUCAUUAAAAAUCUCCCCCAUCUCCUGUGGCCCCAAAUAGAUGGCCGUUACUAAUCUUUAAGGGGACCUAUUCUCUAACAGCCACCCUUUUAACCUUACCUGCCAGAUCCAUCUCAUACCCACUUUUUGCUCUUCUGAUUUCCCUCAAGUACACUCCUACAUUUUUUGUAGGCAUAGCUUAAAUCCAACGUAUGCCUUCUUUUUCCUGACCAAAGCCUCAAAAUCCCUUGUCAGCCAGAGAUCCCUAAACCUUUCAGCUUUACCCUUUACCCUAAUAGGGACAUACUAUCCCCACACACUUGAUAUCACAGCUUUAAAAGCCUCCCAUUUGCCAGUCAUUCCUUUUCCUUCAAACAGACUCAACCAGUACACCUCUGCUAGAUCAUGCCCGAUAGCCCCAAAAUUGGCCCUGCUCCAGUUCAGCAUCUUAACCUGUGGACCCGUCUAUCUUUUUCCAUAAUUAUGUUAAAACUAAGAAAGUUAUGGUCACUGAACCCAAAGUGCUCUCUGUCUGAUACUUCAGUCACUUGCCUGACCUAGUUUCGUAAGAGGAGGUCCAGUGUGGUGCCGUCCAGAGUAGGAUCCUCUACAUAUUGAUUUAGGAAACUUUCCUAUACACAUUUGACAAAUUCUGUCCCAUCCGGGCCUUGUACACUCUGGGUGACCCAGUCAAUACAGGGGAAAUUGAGUUGGACUAAAGGGCCUGUUUCCAUGCUGUACCAAUCUUUGUGAUGUGAUCAAGUGUGUUUCUGAACACGUGUGCCCACAUCAACAGGGAUAGUUCUGAAUAUGGAACUUUAAUAGGCUGACUAUAAUUAGUCAUAAAAUGCAAGAAACCAUUGAGAAUAUUUGCAAUAAAUCAUAUACGUACAUGUCUUUAACAUGCAUAACAAAUAUAUAAGAAAUGUUUUUAGUUUUCAUUCGCUGAUAAGCGAAUCAGAUGUUCUGCUUGGGAGAGAUACAGCACCAUGCGCAUGAUUGACAAUCCAUUCAUAGGGGUCGCACCUCCAGGGAUGCCCCGCUCCCCUGUCUUCCACCACCCUCUCACGUCAGCGAGACUUUGUCUGCAAUUGCUCUGAUGUUCAGCAUCAAGUAUUUCCAAAAAAAAUGCUUCUGUGGAUUUGCCAAUUCUAUUUUUAUUUUGGGUGUAACUUAAUGAAAUUGUAGAUUUAGGCACAACUUGACAUCAGGCAGAUAGGCCCAAAUUCAGGUGCAACUUUUAAGUUGUGUCCAAAGAAGAAACACCAAAAAUGACAAUCCUCCGCCUGUGUACAACUCCAGCUCCCUUGCAGGACACUGAUUUUCAUCACUCCCUUGUUGACAGCCAUCCUUUGAACUGUCUGGAUCCUAAUCGUCUCGUUUUCCCUAUCUAAACCUCUCUUUUUACAUCAGGAACAAAAACAAAGUUGCUGGAAAAGCUCAGUGGGUCUGGUAGCACCUGUGAAGAAAAAAAAAUCAGAGUUAACAUUUUGGGUCCAGUGACCUUUCCUCAGAACUCUCCAUUUACAUCCUCUUUUAUGACACUCCUUAAAACUUGCCUUUUGCCAUUUUGGUUACCUGUCCUUAAAACCUAUGCAGAUUUGUGCCAAAUUUCAUUUUACAAGUUCUCCUGUAAAGUGUCUCGCUUAAAGGAAACCAAGAAAUGUGAGUUGAUAUUGUAUCCUAAAUACAAGACUUGACUAAGGAAAGUGCAAACCAAAUCUCAAAAAUGAGCACGACACUGAGCAUUGUGGUCUCUUCAAGGCAUCUCACAGGUGGAAGUGUGUGUGUUUGUGCCCCCUUGAGGUUAUAACCAGACAGUAUGAGAGCUGGAUUGCAAGUAAAUAGGCUGAAGGAAAAACAUGGUGCUUGGCCCAUGUUUGAUUUGAAGUUUAUUCCACAGAUUUUUCUUCCUUUACGUGGCUUUUAAAUAUCAAGAGAAAACAGCUACUUUCCAUAAAAUGCCCAUGUUAUAUGGUUAGUGUUACCUUCUAAAUGUUGACUUGUUUCGAUUGUAGUUUCCAGUAGUUUCAGUCAUGCCAUAAAUCUGCUGGUUAACUUAUACAAGAAUGAGAAAUAAUCCUCCGUCGGAAAUACAUCAGCAGCAAAGCAAAGUGGAACAUUUAUGCAGUGUCAGCUCAUGAAUGAAGCUAUAACUGAACCCUUAGAAUUUAUCUGUUAUUUUCAUGUGUGUAGUUGGGUGAGUUCUAAUGAAAUUGGUCAAAAGCAAAGAUCGGCUAGAGUCAAAAAUGAUGUGUUGUGAUGCACAAAGGUACAACUUUCCAAAAAUGCAAUAAAAUAUGACACUGAAUAAAGCAAAUGCAGCAAGAUUUUAGAAGGAAUGGGUAAUCAACUAUUAAAUGCAUAACCAAGAGUAAAAGCACUGCAAAAAUAUUCCCAAGGCUUUUGUGUGAUUUUGUUUUCUGUAAGCUAAUGUUAAUAAACCAGUUCUAGAUUUGAUCUUUCUAAUAAAUGAUGACAUUUUGGUUAGAAUUAGCGGUCUCAUAAUUCCAGAGGAGGUGUGACAUAGUAAACCAUGUUCAGCAUCAAAAUCAGUUAAAGUUUGUACCUCAGUGACUCAAUAAUUGAACUGUAACCAAAUUGAAAGCUCUGAAUAAACUUGUACAUUAA